AUGGCAUCUUCUUCCACCACACAACCAAGUGUUGAAAACAUGAAUGAGAAUUACAUGCAAGUUGGGCAAACCAAGGACGUUCUUUUGAAUCCAAGAGCUCCAUCUGAAAUUUCUGGCCUUCUUACUGCAAAUGAAGCUGAUACCAACAACAACCUUGGAGGUGGAGGAACAUCAUACUAUAAAUGUCCAAGUAACUGUACUUUUGAUGUCACAUGUGAUAGCACGACUCUUUGUUCUAACUGCAAUCGAGCUAUGAACAGCCUCACACGUUAUGUUGGAAAGAAAGUUGUUGAUGACAAUGUUGCGGUUCAAAAUGGUUUUGUAAAAGAUGUUGUAUCAUUCAUGGUGAUGGAUGAUUUGGUCAUUCAACCCAUGUCAACAAUAUCGAGCAUCACUUUGCUGAACAAGUUCAAUGUCAAAGAGGUUGGUACCUUGCAGGAGAAGAUUGUUGAAAUGGGGAUGGAUCAGGGCAUCAAGUUGCUUAAGGCUUCACUGCAAUCCAAGAUGGUCUUGACUAGUGUUUUCCUCAAGUAA